ACCGCCAACGACGUCAGGAGCGCUACGGCGUCGUACGCGUUCGAUAGCCUACUACCAGAUGGAAGGGAGGACGGCGGGUUCGUGCUACUUUCAGGGCGCGGCGAUGGUCACCACCACCGAUCCGAGUCAUGGGGGCUGUGUCUUUCCUGGGAGCAAAGAGACGAGCAAUGCCACCCGGGGAGGCGGAACCAAUGCAAGCGAGAUAAGCAAAGCCGAUGGAGCUCGUGUGUGGCGGAGACCGAGAGCAAGAAUUCAGCAACGCUCCCUCUGCGUUCUUCAUGUACUUCUGAGCGUGAUGACCGCAGUUGCUGUCUCCAUUUGCUCCCCUUGGGCUUGAUGGCAUAUCACAGCAAAGAACUCUUUCUUGUAAGAAUAUUGCGGGGGUUAAAAAAAAAAUUCUUCCCCCGAUUGAAUUAUUUUUUUCUCAUCAAUUUUGUAGCGUUGUAGGAUGGCACAUAAGUGUAUGUAACCGUGUUGUAUCCUCAUUCCUUAUUCAAUAAAAUUUCUGUUAUGUCCUUGCAAGUAA